AUGGAAAUAGCCGCUAGUGCUGUUCACAGAUUAAGCCAGUACAGAACCAGGAGCAGAUUACACACACUAUCAACAUAGCCACAUCUUCUUAGUACUGUUGCAACUUCCAGCCAAAGUCCUCACAGCAAUAUGGAAGCACAAGCACACGAUAUUCCUUUAACGCCUUCGCAUCCUACCCAAAAUGGAGAGCAAAGAGCAGAAUCCAUUGGGAGCUCUUCUUCAACUUACAACAACAAAUACCUCACAGUUCCUCAGACCCGGCCUUCUGUGCAUUUUGGCAGAAUCAAUGGGGCUUUUGAGCCAUCUGGCCGCAUGGAGACUCACAACAAUUCUAAAAUUAACAAUUACCUGGAUGGGACCCAAGUGGGGGCCAGAGGUGGGACAUCCCCAGGUGGGAAGCAUUUCAGGGACAGCAAGAGGAAAGUGGACUACGUCUUAGCCUAUCACUACCGAAAACGUGCCUCUCAGCACCAGCGAGGCAUUGGCUCCCUAGGUCCCUUGCACAGACCUUCGCCCUUAGCCAUUAUUUCUAAUGGGGAGAUGGGGAAAAGCCACUCUGAGCAACAGCAAAACCAGGGCCAGAAUGCACCCCAGCAGCAACAUGGGCAGCCAGAGGCUCAGAUGAUCGAGAUGAGCCCACUGGAUGCCCUAGAGGAGGAGAGACGGGAGCAGAGGGAGGAGUAUGAGCGCAAUCUGGUGGAAGCUGGACUGGAGAUAGAAAAAGACAUUGAGAAUAAAAGCCAUGGAUUGAGCUUUGUGCGGAUACAUGCACCUUGGAAUGUGCUUAGUCGAGAAGCAGAAUUUCUUAAAAUAAAAAUGCCCACUAAAAAGAUGUAUGAAAUAAAAGAAGAAGGAGGAAUUCUCAAGAAGCUCUAUGAAAUAUGGCACAAAGCUACAAAGCCUCUGCAGCCCAAGGUGCCACAACAAAACAACACAAAGAUGAAAAGUUUGUCUUACCCCUUUUCCAGAGAGAAAAUAUAUUUGUACAACAUUAAAGACAAAGACACAUUUUUCGACAAUGCUACCCGCAGUCGAAUAGUACGUGAAAUUUUAAAGCGUACAUCUUGUACAAAGGCCGAAAACAGUAUGGGUAUUACUACAUUAAUAGCAAACAAUGUCUAUGAUGCAGCAUAUCCUCUUCAUGAUGGUGAAUAUGAAGGCCAAAAUGAUGACAUGAAUGAAAGAGAGUUGCUGUAUCAAGAAUGGGCAAGAUAUGGAGCAUUUUACAAGUAUCAGCCUAUUGACCUCAUAAGGAAGUAUUUUGGAGAAAAAAUAGGACUGUAUUUUGCGUGGUUGGGUUUAUAUACAGAAUUCCUUAUUCCAUCGUCAGUAGUUGGGAUUAUAGUGUUUCUUUAUGGAUGUAUAACCAUGGAAAGUGACAUUCCUAGUAAAGAGAUGUGUGACCAAGAGAAAGCGUUCACCAUGUGCCCUCUUUGUGACAAGUCUUGUGACUACUGGAACCUCAGCACUGCAUGUGCUACAGGACGCGCUAGCCACUUGUUUGACAACCCUGCAACAGUCUUCUUCUCCAUUUUCAUGGCUCUCUGGGCUACCAUGUUUCUUGAACAAUGGAAGCGUUUACAGAUGAGACUAGGUUACUUCUGGGAUCUCACUGGCUUCGAGGAGGAAGAAGAACAUCCCAGACCAGAAUAUGAAACCAAAGUGCGACAGAAAAAACUCAAAAAUGAAACUAAUAAAAAGGAUAAUAUAGAUGAGGAUGAAAAGGAGAAGUUAACCUGGAGAGACCGUAUGCCUGGCUAUCUAGUGAACGUUGCAUCCAUUUUAUUUAUGAUUACACUGACAUUUUCAGCAGUUUUUGGUGUGACCGUGUACCGAAUUACUACAGCAGCCGUCUUGUCCAUCAGCAAAAAUGAGUCAACCAGGUCGAACGUCCGUGUGACCGUGACUGCAACCGCUGUCAUCAUUAACCUGGUUGUGAUCCUUAUAUUAGAUGAGAUUUAUGGAGCUGUUGCCAAAUGGCUGACAGAAAUGGAGGUACCAAAAACAGAGAAGACCUUUGAAGAGAGGUUAAUUUUGAAGGCUUUCCUAUUGAAGUUUGUGAACUCUUAUGCACCAAUUUUUUAUGUUGCCUUUUUUAAAGGAAGGUUUGUUGGCCGACCUGGUAGUUAUGUAUAUAUGUUUGAUGGUUACCGAAUGGAAGAGUGUGCUCCAGGAGGCUGUUUGAUGGAACUCUGUAUUCAGCUGAGCAUCAUUAUGCUUGGAAAGCAACUUAUUCAGAAUAAUCUGUUUGAAAUUGGAAUCCCGAAGUUAAAAAAGCUGUUCAGGAAGCUGAAGGAUGAAAGGACUGAGAAAAAGGAAAAUGACUCCAACCACUCAAAGCACCCUCAGCAAUGGGAUCUUGAUUACAUGCUGGAACCUUUCACUGGACUGACUCCAGAAUACAUGGAAAUGAUUAUCCAGUUUGGCUUUGUCACGCUCUUCGUUGCCUCCUUCCCUCUGGCUCCAGUGUUUGCCCUUCUCAACAACAUCAUAGAAGUUCGGCUGGAUGCAAAAAAGUUUGUUUCUGAGUUAAGGAGGCCAGACACAGUGAGAGAAAAAGAUAUAGGAAUUUGGUAUAACAUUCUGAGUGGUAUUGGAAAGUUUUCAGUUAUCAUUAAUGCUUUUGUAAUCUCUGUCACAUCUGAUUUCAUUCCACGCCUUGUGUAUCAAUAUGCAUACAGUCAAAAUGGAACCAUGCAUGGCUUCAUCAAUCACACCCUCUCAUACUUCAAUGUUAGUCAUCUCAAGGCUGGAACACAGCCAGACAUCUCACAGUUUGAACAGGAAGUUAUAUUCUGCAGGUACAAGGAUUACAGAGAACCACCUUGGUCCCCAAAUCCGUAUGAAUUUUCUAAGCAGUACUGGUCAGUUUUAUCUGCUCGCUUGGCUUUUGUUAUUCUAUUUCAGAACCUGGUCAUGUUCCUCAGCGCGCUGGUUGACUGGAUGAUUCCUGACAUUCCCAAGGACAUCAGUGAACAAAUCAAAAAGGAGAAGAGUAUGCUUGUUGAUUUCUUCCUGAAGGAAGAGCAUGAGAAGCUGAAACUGAUCGAAAGCUUUAUCAUGCGUGACAAGCACCGAAACAAAGGCGAGACAAAGGGCCGAAGGAACCGAGCGGCAAGCUUCUGCCAGUUUAGCCGGAGUCAGCGAGGCAGCUUUACAUCCUUUAGCUCACAGCACACAGAAGUAUGA